AUGUCGAACAAGGAGGCUGCAAAGACCUAUGAGGAGAUAAUAGAUGAGGUGAUCAACGAAUCCAGGCAAGAUUUCGAAGACAUCGGUAUAGAUGAGUCCACGUUGCUGGAUCUACGCCAAAUCUGGCGUGAUAACCUUGCGCAGACUCGUGUGGCGAAUUUU